GAACUGCAUGCUGCUGUGCGGUGAUUUCCACACGCCGCCAUCGCACACACACACACACACACUGUCAGUGUCUGAUUCAGCUUGAGCGAUUGUAUGAGUUUAUGCGCCUAUCUUCUGCUAGCUAGGCUAGGCUAGUUCAAUUGGCAAGUAAAACCAGUUUAGCAUCAUGGGUAAUUCGGAGAAGAACUGUUCAGACUCGCCAGUGAAACCUGACAUCAUGGAUUCAACUGAGCCUUCCGAGACUGCAUGCACUGUCAAGCUACCAAACCAGGAACAAGACAAGAUCAAGCCAACUGGAGAAGGAGCUGUCAAGGAUAUUAAGCUUGAAGAAAAUAUUCAUAUCAAAGUUGAGGAGGAUACAAACCCUGCUAGCUCAUCCUCGGAGCAAGGGAAUAUUGAAAACUAUGAUAAUGACCUGGAGAAUGUUAAAACAGAAUCUGGACUUAUAACUGCAGAUAUGCUGGAAGAGGAAAAGAAACUGCACGAUGAGGCCAAGAAUGAAGAGAAAAAAAGAAGAGAAGAGGCUAUGGGUGAACAUUGGCAAAAAGAACUAGAUGAGCAGCGUUACAAACGUUUACAACAUCUUUUACAAAAGAGCAAUAUAUACUCCAAGUUUCUGUUAGCUAAAAUGGAGCAACAGCAGAAACAGGAACUGGCAAGACAAGAAAGACAGGCGAAGAAAAAAGCAUUGGAAGAAAAGGCGAAGGCUGAAGCAAAGUCCCAACCUGAAGUGAUGUCUCCCAUAAAGAAAUCAAGGAGGAUAGAGAACAAGCUGACUGAAUCUGCCGACAGCAGCCAAUCAGAAACAGACAGUCCUAAUCAUGUUACUAGAAAUCCAUCAGGAAAAAUAGCUAAUAAGGCUGUGUCAACUCCAUUACGGAAAACACGGAGAGGUCAAAAUGCUGUAGAAGUCAAUCAGAUGGAUCAUGUUGAAAAUAAGAAACCUUCAAAGAGAGGCAGGAAGAGAAAGAAUGAAAGCUACAACAUUUCGGACUACCUAGACAAAGAGGAACUGGCAGCAAAAAAAUUAAAAACUGAUCAAACACAUAUAGAUGCAAAAGAUGUAAAACAGAAGCCUACAGAGGCUAUGGAAGUUGAACAGGGAAGGGAAGAAAAAGAAACUAUGGCUGAUGAAAAAUACAAGGACACAUUUCGAAGAAGGAUCAAAGGCCAGAAGGUGUCCGACCGUCAGCCAAAGCUUUUCACAGGUGGUGUGAUGAGACAAUACCAACUGGAGGGUCUAGAAUGGCUAAAGGUAUUAUAUGAGAAUGGAGUAAAUGGUAUACUUGGUGAUGAGAUGGGCCUGGGGAAAACCAUCCAGUGCAUUGCCCUAUUCAGCCACAUGCUAGAGAUGGGUGUUCCAGGGCCAUAUAUGGUCUGUGCCCCUCUCUCUACUCUGCCUAAUUGGUUUUCAGAGUUUACAAGAUUUGCUCCAAAGGUUCCUGUUAUUUUAUAUCAUGGAACAAUACCUGAACGUGAGCUGAAACGACACCAGAUUCGUAAGCAUAAGAAUGAGUUUGGAACUCAGCCGGUUGUGAUCACAUCAUUUGAAAUUGCAAUGAGAGAUUGUAAACACCUGAACCACUAUCUCUGGAAAUAUAUAAUUGUUGACGAAGGACAUCGUAUUAAGAACAUGAAUUGCCGUCUGAUCAGAGAGCUGAAGACAUACCGUUCUGCUAACCGGCUUCUACUCACUGGUACCCCACUGCAAAAUAACCUCUCUGAACUUUGGUCUAUGCUGAACUUUCUUCUUCCAGAGGUCUUUGAUGAUCUAAACACGUUUGAGUCAUGGUUUGAUUUUAAUUCAUUCUCAAGUCAUGAAGAUGAGGAAGCCAUUGUUGCCAAAGAGCGAGAGCAGCAUGUAAUCUCAAUGAUGCAUCAAAUCCUGACCCCAUUUUUAUUGAGACGUCUGAAAUCAGAUGUUGAUCUGACAAUACCACCAAAGAAAGAGAUCAUUGUGAAUGCGCCAAUGACAAGUAAACAGCAAGAAUUCUACAAAGCAACUCUUGACAAAUCAAUCAUUGAAAAAGUCAGACCAAAAGAAAAGGAAGACACAGUAGCACUUACACCAAAUGGAAGACCCAAACGUAGCUGUUCCAAGAAAGUUGACUACUCUCUCAUUUUCAAUGAGAAUGAGACUGAUGAUGUGGAAGAUUGGUACAGUAAGAUCCGUGAUACUUUUGCAAAAGAAUCUAAUUUAGCAACCAAUGAAACUGCAACCAUUACUGACUCUGUUGUGAACAUUAAGCUGCAAAAUAUUGUGAUGCAACUCAGAAAGUGCUGCAACCAUCCGUACCUGCUAGAAUAUCCACUUGACCCCGUCACACAGCAAUUCAAGGUAGACGAAGAACUUGUGCAAAGCUGCGGUAAGCUUCUAGUACUGGAGAGGCUGUUACCAGAACUAAAAAAGCGAGGACACAAGGUACUUAUCUUCUCCCAGAUGACGUCGAUGCUGGAUAUACUGCAGGACUACUGCUACUUGCGGAAAUACAACUUCUGUCGUCUGGAUGGCAGCAUGGCAUUCGCGGAUAGACAGCAGCAGAUUAAAGAUUUUAGCAAUGAUCCUGAAUUCUUUAUCUUUCUGCUUUCAACAAGAGCUGGUGGAUUAGGAAUCAAUCUUACAUCAGCUGACACAGUUAUCAUCUAUGACAGUGACUGGAACCCACAGUCAGAUCUGCAGGCUCAGGAUCGGUGUCAUAGGAUUGGUCAAGACAAACCAGUGGUCAUUUACAGACUAGUGACUGCUAAUACCAUAGAUCAGAAGAUUGUUGAGAGAGCUGCAGCUAAGAGGAAGCUUGAAAAAAUGGUUAUACAUCAAGGUAAAUUCAAGGGAAGUAAGACAAUGGUUAGGGACUCCAAAGCAAUGCUUGACCCUAUGGAAUUGCUAAAAGUGUUACGCUCCACAGAUCACAGCGGUGUCAUUCAAAAUUGUAAAGAGCAAGUCAUCAGUGAUUCCGAUCUGGAGCUGUUGUUGGAUCGCAGUGAUCUCCUCAAUAAAAACUCUGAGAAAAAGUGUCAACGAAUGAAAGAGAAUAAAACAUUCAAGAUUCUGGAAGCUUCAGGUGAGAAUGUCAUGGAAUUGAAGAUCACUGCUUGACUGUACCAAUGACCUUUCACUUGAAAGUUCACUUGUUUGUGAUAGUCCUGUGGAAGCUCAUAGUAACCUUCAAAAGUUAAAAAGCAUUCACUGCGUUGUUUGAUGGUUGUACAACAAAUCCAACGCCACUCCCUAAGUUUGUUAAGAAGGGCUGAAUAGAUUGUCGUUAAUAAUGAUCCGAUGCUUGUGCACCGUGGUGUUCUAUAGAAUUGUGUCAGCCAUCAGGCACAACGAGUUUCAAACAAUGCUCUGUAUUUAGUACCUAUGUUAAAUCAUUUAGCCUAAACUAGUUGAAUCAAUAAAGUAAAUCAUAUUACAGUAAA